UAAACGGUCAAAGCCUGUGGAGUCUACCCAAGAACCCGAAGGAUCGGGUGUUUGAAAAGGAUUUGGCGGCGCCAGAGAAGAAGAAGCUGCGGUUCAAACCACUACGGAUGCCUCUGCAGAGCAAGUUAUAGAGGCCAUGCAGAAAAUAGCAUCACAUAUCAAGAACCCAACCAAGUUCUCAAAGGCUUCAAAGCUUGCUAUACAGCUAAUUCAUGCUGGUAGUGUAACUCCCAGCACCAGUGACCAAUUCUUUGCCAUUCUGGAGGUUGCAAUGUCGUCAACCAUGUCUUGUACAGAUCCUUCUGUGCGUGCAGAUUAUCAUGCAUUGUUCUCUGCAGCACAUGAUGCCUCUGAAUGCCUGAACAGGAAACAGAAGCAUCAAUUAGAGACAUGGUCGAUUAUGGCAGUGGUGGCGAAUGACUUGUUCACUGAUGACAGCUUUGUGUUUUUCUAAGACUGCCGGUCAAUUAAAGGAGACAAUAAGCAAGCUACCAAUUGUAACUGAGGAUGAUGAUGCAGAGGAAGCUGCAAUACUGCUAGAUCAAAUUGGGACAGCAACUGAUGGAAAUGAAGAAACCCGGCGAGAUACAUCUGGUGCUGUAGCAGUGGAAGAAGCUAAGGACAAUGAGGCCGAUCCAUUUGGGCUUGAUGCACUGAUUCCAAGCACUGUGAAGAAAGAUGAGAGGGCAAAGGCAAAGGAUGCAAAAAAGGAAGAAGAUUUUGAAUUAAAGAGACAUCUCAGGUCUCAAAGAGAAGCCGUAAUCACCUGCUUAGAUAUUGCUGCUCGGCGUUACAAAACACCUUGGUGCCAGACAGUGAUAGAUAUAUUAGUGCAGCACGCUCAUGAUAACGUUCAGAGGUUUACAUCUAAACAAAGAGAUGCCAUAGAGAAGCUAUGGGCCUCUGUUAGGGAACAACACGUACGUAGGAAGCAAGGCAAGUCGGUGAAUGGGAAACUUGACGUCACAGCUUUCGAAUGGCUCCAGGAAAAGUAUUCCACGGAGACGAUCAGUAUUCGGCGUGCUGUUUGGUAGCAGUGGAGAACGUCGUGCUCAGCAGUGGCUUGGAUGAGACCACUUUCUUUUGACAUUGUUGUUGUAAUAUUACUGAUUGUUAUUGUUCCAUUAAUAGUCUCUGUCAAGAGAGCACAUGAGAAAUGUUCGACGACGUUGGAUUGAGUGUGUGUGGAGAUAACUGCAUAUAACCGUUUUGCUUCUGACUUGUGUUGCUUCAUUUGGUUCCCCUUCCUCGGUAGUCUGCUGUCUCAGGGGGGAAAAAUGGGAUAUGGCAGUUCUUGGCAUUCUGGUACGCCCAAGAAUUGUGCAGAUAAGUCAUUUUGGGGCUCAACAGUCAGACAAACUGCUGAGGGGGCGAGAGACAUGAGCAACGAUCAUGCGGCGGAGCUAUGUUGGCGUCUGAAACUAUUGGCGGCAAUUCGCCAAGAAGCUUAUGAACUUGAUGGUAGAUGAUAAGGAUUUAUCCCUUUUUCUUAUUCCAAUUAGAUGCUCCGGCAGGGCAUAGCAAUUCCAAUGUUCAGUACUCAGCAAAGUUUAUACCUCAGGACAAUUGCAUGAGC